AUGGUGUCUACUGCUUCUGCGGUACGUCCUGAAAUAGCUACAAGUCUAGGCAAAUCAUCAUCUUGCAAUCCAUUAAUGUGCUUCAUUUUUGAGUUUGAUCUGAUAUGGGAAACAUUCGGAAUGAUGAUGGGACAGCUCUAUACAGAAAUGUCUAUUGUUAUGGAAAAUGUAAAAUUCAAUCGAGCUACUAUCGUCCCCGAAGUUGGAAAAGUCGAAAUAAUAGUCAUGAUUCAGAAAGGUAGCGGUAAAUUCGAAGUUGUCGAAGGAGAUACUGCUAUUGUUACCGGAAAAAUACGUCUUGUAACGAACUUAUCGAAGGAGAAAGUACCUUUUGAUGUGAUUAAUAGAAACAUUGACGUUAACGAUGAGGAAGAAGAAUUAGAUGAAAGAGAUAUCUAUAAAGAGUUAAAGUCACGUGGAUAUCAAUAUAGCGGUCUCUUUCGAAGCAUACGAAGUGUUUCUGUUUCGAGAAAGAAAGGGCAUAUCGAAUGGAAAAAGAAUUGGGUAGCAUUCAUGGAUAACUUGUUACAGAUGAUAAUCUUCAAUUUAGAUUCUAGAAAUUUAGUUAUGCCGACUGGAAUUCGAAAAUUGGUAAUAGAUAUUAACGCUCAUCAACAAUAUCUUCAAAGUGUGACAAGUAAAGAAAAAUAUGUACCUGUACAAUAUUAUAAAAAUAUUGAUGUCAUUGCUGCGGGAGGUGUGGAAAUCCAUAAAGUUAGAGCUUCUGAGAUUGCUAGGAAGAGAUCUAUAUAUGAUCCACUUAUCGAAGAAUAUAAAUUCACUGCUUAUCGUGACAGAAAGAUUAUGUCAUUACAAGAGAUAUUAACGUUAUCUAUACAUAUCACACUUGAAAAUAUACCUAUAAUGAUCAAGAUGAAGACAAUCGAACUUGUUGACGAUAAGGAUAAUAUCUCCACCGAGGAACUCGUCUCUCCAGUGAUCUUGGAUAUUUUAAACAAUUUGUCUAUGGUGGAAGUUAACGUUAAUGUAUUCGCAUCGAGAAACAAAUUGGAAGAUAUUCCUAAAGGUGUCAUUGUUGCAGAACCAAAUAUGAUAGAAACGGAUGACAUCGCUUCAUUCGCUAUUGGAUGCGGUUUGUUGACGAACGGAGAAAACAGCAGCUUGAAGAAACUUCUAAAAUUUACAAAAAAUGGAGCUUUUCUUUUAUCUCGUGAAACUUUUCUUUUAUCUCGUGAAAAAAGAAACAUACCAUUAGACCUAUCGAUUUUGCAGAAAUUUCAAUUACGUAUAGUUUUAGAAAAAUGUACAUUCCAGGAAUCUUGGAUACUUUUAAAAAAGAUAAAUAAAAUCCCGGAACAGACCAUGAUUGUUAACGUUCAGAAUAAUGAAUUUAACUGGUUGCAAAAAGUACAAGCUGUACUUAAAAAAAAAGAAGAAGAUGAUAUCAGCAACACGAGAGUCAUACUCGUUGAAGAAGGAAACUUGGAGUCGGGUCUCUUAGGAUUCAUUAAUUGCUUACAGAAAGAACCAGGUGGCAACAUCUUCCGAGCUGUAUUAAUUCAAGAUCCUCAAGCCCCGAAGUUUUCUUUGAAAUUACCAUUGUACUCAGAACAACUGGAAACGGAUCUCGUUACUAAUGUUUUACGACCAGGGAAUAUUUGGGGAUCAUAUAAGCAUCAGCUACUUCCACCUCGCGAGCCGAAAUUCUCGUAUCACGCCAUUAUUAAUCAAGGGAUACGUGGAGAUUUAAGUACGAUACGUUGGAUUGAAGGAGGAAUUACAAAGGAUUAUCAAAAUAAAGAUCUUGUUAGUAUUCACUAUGCAUCAUUGAAUUUUAAAGAUGUGAUGUUGUCAACCGGUAAAAUAGCAUCAGAAGAAGGAAGUAGAAAAGACGUAGAUUGGGUAAUUGGAUGUGAAUAUAGUGGUAAAAGUAUUAGUGGACGUAGGAUUAUGGGAGUUAACCGCAACAGAUGUUUAUCGAACCUUUGUCAAUUGGACGAAACUUUUUCUUGGACAGUACCUGAUAGUUGGAGUUUGGAGGAUGCAGCGACAGUACCGUGUAUUUACUGCACAUGCAUAGCUGCACUUUACAUUAACGGAGAAAUGCAGAAGGGUGACAAAAUCCUUAUUCAUGCUGGUUCUGGUGGAAUAGGGCAAGCCGCGAUUAACUUGGCCCUUCGGGAAGGCUGUGAAGUAUUUACUACGGUCGGUUCCCUAGAAAAGCAUAAAUUCAUUAAAGAGACAUUUCCUAGUAUCGACGAUAAUCAUAUUGGAAAUUCUCGAGAUACUAGCUUCGAAAAAAUGAUUUUGCAACAAACCGAUGGUGCAGGUGUAGACAUCGUUCUAAAUUCUUUGGCGGAAGAUAAACUUCAAGCGUCUUUGCGUUGUUUGGCCCAUAGAGGACGAUUUUUAGAAAUAGGAAAGUUCGAUUUUGCAGCUAAUAAUCAAAUAAACAUUAGAAUAUUUAUGAAGGGUAUUAGUUUUCAUGGUAUAAUGUUAGAUAAAAUUAUAGACACGAAUGACAAAGUCAAGAACGAAAUUAGUUCAAUAUUCAACAUACUUCUUAAGGAGAAUGCUAUCAAACCGAUUAUUAGAACUGUCUUCGAAAAAUAUCAAGUAGAGACGGCAUUUAGAUUCAUGGCAGCUGGAAAACAUAUGGGUAAAGUCCUUAUAAAGAUCCGCGAAGAGAAUGAACCACUGAAUGCACCCAUUUUGGCUGAACCUUCUUAUAGAUGUAUUCCCCAUAAAAGUUAUAUAAUUCUUGGUGGCUUGGGUGGUUUUGGUUUGGAACUAAUCGAUUGGUUAGUUCUUCGAAAUGCUCAAAAUAUUGUGAUUACUUCGCGGAAUGGCAUAAGGAAUGGUUAUCAGCGCAUGAAAAUCAAAACAUUGGAAUCAUAUGGUGUGAAUAUUAAGAUCCUUGUUGGUCUCGAUGUGGCUAAACGAGAUAGCUGUGAGCAUAUAUUGAAAAGCGCGAUAGAUUAUGGUCCAGUCGAUGGCAUAUUCAAUCUCGCGGUUUCUUUGAGAGAUAGUAUUUGUAUAAACCAAACACCCCAAACUUUUGAGGAAUCUUUCAAAGGAAAAGCAUGGGCUACAAGGAAUUUGGACGAGAUAACUAGAAAGCUUUGUCCAGAUCUACGACACUUCGUAGUUUUCUCUUCUGUCUCGUGCGGAAGAGGAAACGCCGGACAAACGAAUUACGGUAUGGCUAAUUCCAUUAUGGAGAGAAUAUGUGAGAAAAGGGUUGAGGAACAUUUACCUGGAUUAGCUGUACAAUGGGGAGCAAUUGGUGAUGUCGGUCUUGUUGCUGACAUACAGAAUGAAGAUAAAGAACCUGUUAUCGUUGGUACUUUACAACAAAAAAUAUCAUCAUGUUUAGAAGUACUGAAUAGAUUCUUGGUACAGGAAAAAUCUGUAGUUUCUAGUAUGGUAGUUCCUGUAAAACGAGCACAUAACGUUACGAAUAAUGUUGUAGAUGCUGUUUUACACAUUAUGGGUAUUAAUGACUUAAAGAAUGUCAGACCACACACUACUUUGGCUGAACUUGGCAUGGAUUCUAUGAUGGCUGUAGAAAUAAAAAACAGAUUAGAGCGUGAAUAUGAAAUAUACCUCACGACGCAAUAUAUUCGAGAUUUGAAUUUUGCUAAACUAGUUGAAAUGAAUAAUAAUCCGACUGAUAAUGAUAGUAGAAAAGAUAACAGGAGAGAAGAAAUAUUAGGUAGUAGAAAGAUGUUGAUGCAAUUGUUCGGUGAAAAUCUUUCCACCGAAGUAACCAUUUCGCUUAAAACUAAUCCAGAGGACGGUCGGAAGGAGGUAUUCCUUCUACCUGGAAUCGAAGGAUAUGGUAGUGUUUUCAAAACAUUAGAAUCAAAAAUUAAAUCACCAGCGACUUGCUUUCAAUUGGCUGCGAAUUAUAAAUUAAAAACUAUUCAAGAAAUGGCCAAUUCAUUUCUACCGCAUAUAUUAAAGAAACUUCAAGAUCGAAAUGACUUCAUAUUAGUGGGGUUUUCAUUUGGAUCGCUCGUAGCAAUUGAACUCACCCGGAAGUUAGAAGCCAGAGGGUUUAAUUGCCAGCUUAUAUUGAUUGACGGUGCUCCUCAGCAUAUUAAGACUCUUAUACAGCAACAAUUGCAUUCGUCAUCGCAGGAAGAAUUCGAAAGCAAUAUUUUGCUUGCUAUAUUGAAUGCAUUUAUAUUUAUUAAUUCUGCAGAGCUUGAAUUAGAAUUACGAAAAUGUAGUUCGUGGAAUGAAAAAGUGAAUGUAUUUUUUAAUAUACUAUCCUCUGAACAAAGAGAAUUGUUUUUUAAAAGUAAUCAAAAGGAUAUUAUUCAUUCUUUUUAUGUUAGAUUGCAAGCAGCUAUAGCAUAUAACCCCAAACCGAUACCAUAUGUAAGAGCACCAAUUACGUUGUUCAAACCUAUGUUAGCGUCUGUACGAAACGAGCAAUAUGAUUAUGGACUGCAGAAUAUUACUCAAGCCAAAGUGGAUGUACACGUUGUCGACGGCGAUCAUAUCACGAUGUUAGAAGAUAAGAAAAUUGCAAUGGCAAUUAAUGAUGAAUUGUUCGACGUUGCUGAGGGAUAUUUAAAAAAUUUAAUGAAAGAAAGACAAUUAGGAACUUUUGCGAGACACGUUUUAUUAAGACGUGUCAAAAUCGCUGGUUGCCUAGAGAUGGCCUUCUAG